AUAGGUUAGAGUAAUUUUACCCUGUCUGAUAAGCACUGAUUACUAGCCACGCGACAAAUUCUUAAAUUUAAUGACUGAAGAGGGCGCUUCUCUCUUACACGUUUCACCAUGGCUACAAUGUUGAAGUUGUUUGCUGUGUUUGGUAGUAUUUUAUGUGUUGUUUUAACAACAGGAGUUGUUGAGACACCUCAUCCUAGAUUUGAAUAUAAGUACAGUUUUAAAGGACCAUAUUUAGCACAAAAAGAUGGAACCGUGCCAUUCUGGGAGUAUGAAGGGAGUGCAAUUGCAAGUGAAGAAAUGGUAAGGAUCACUCCUUCUCUGAGAAGCAAAAAAGGAUCUAUUUGGACUAAAGACAAAACUAAUUUUGAAUGGUGGGAGAUAGAGAUGAUUUUCCGAGUAAAUGGCAGAGGAAGAGUUGGAGCUGAUGGUUUGGCUCUCUGGUACACAGACAAAAGAGAAAAAGAAGGACCUGUUUUUGGAAGCACUGAUAAAUGGGUUGGUCUUGGCAUCUUCUUUGAUUCCUUUGACAAUGAUGGAAGGGGAAAUAAUCCAUAUAUCAUGGCCAUGACUAAUGAUGGAACAAAAGUCUAUGAUCAUCAGAGUGAUGGGAUUAAUCAGCAAUUGGCAGGAUGCCUAAGGGACUUUCGAAAUAAACCUUUUGCUGUGAGGACUAAAAUCCAGUAUUACAGGAAUAUACUUACAGUCCUGUUCCAUAAUGGAAACACAAACAAUGAUAAUGACUAUGAAAUGUGUUUGAGAGCUGAGAAUGUUUUCCUGCCACAGUAUGGUUACUAUGGCAUAUCUGCUGCUACUGGAGGUCUUGCUGAUGAUCAUGAUGUACUGAAGUUCAUGACGUAUAGUCUACACCCACCUGGCACUGAACCAACUCCCUCUGGUAUUGCUGAUGCAGAAAAAGAGAAAUUUUCUAAAGAAUAUGAACAAUAUAAAGAAAAGCUUGAUAAACAGAAGGAGGAGUUCCGAAAACAGCAUCCAGAUGAAGCAAAGAAGAAGCAAAUGGAAUUUGAUCCAGAGCAGGAGUAUGAGAGUCAUCAACAGCGAGAACUUAGACAGAUAUUCCAGGGACAAAGCCAGAUGUUUGAGAUGAUGAAAGGAGUACAUCGUAAACUGGAUGAAGUGAUUGGAAGAGAAGAGAGGGUUUUGUCAAUGCUUUCUGCUGUUCAAGUAGGAGGUGCAGCAGGAGGAGGAGGAGGACAAGGUCUUCCACAAGGAGGUGUUGUAGGCCGUCAUGAAGUGGAAGCCAUGUUGAAUAACCAGAGAGAAAUGGUACAGGCCAGCCGGGACAUGAAGGCAUACGUUGUGGACAUUCAUCAACGAACUGGAAAUAUUAUUGCUGCUCAGAAAACAGGUGGAGGUCAAGUAUUUGAAGGCCACACAGUGCUGAAUGAAUUGAAGGAUGGACUGAAUAUUGUAAAAAGAGAUUUAGCUUCGGUGAAUGCUAAAACACAGGCAAAUCCUUGUCCACCAGUGCAAGCAGUUAACUGUCUGACACCUGUUUACUUCUUCAUUUUUAUGGGUGUUCAGUUGGCAGUUAUGAUAGGUUACAUUAUGUACAAAAGUAACAAAGAAGCACAAGCUAAGAAGUUUUAUUAAUAAAGUUUUGAUAAUUUUAUUUGUAUUCAAUGGGGAUGGGAAAUGAUAUGUAUGUAAAUGUGUUCUUGAAAAUGUCUUCCUUCAAAUCUGUACUGGUGAAAAUUAAUAGGAAAGUAUUUUUUGUGCUAAGAGUAUAGGUAAGAAAAAGUAUUGCAAUUGGACAGAGAAAGAGAUUAAAUAAACAGAUAAGCAUUAUUUAAGUAAUUUUUACUUUAAUAAGUAAAAGUGUUGUAAGCAGCAAAAAUUUUAAUUGAAUCUACUCAGUAUUAAAAAAUAAAUUUUGAAAUAGUGAUUUUCAGAUAGAAGGUUUAAGAAUUAGUAAGGCUACUUGUUGAAGAUGUUUGUUUUGUAAGUCUUUGAGUUGAAAAACAAAUAAAAUAUAGUAAAAGAGUUGUAGUAUGGUAAUUUCAAUUCCGCUAUACUGAAAUAAAAAUAUAUUUUGAACUAAAUAUUUAUAUGUAUAAAGUUGCAGAGUUUAGUAAAAAAAAAAAAAGCAAAAAAUUCACAUGUUGCAAUAGUUUUUGUGAAAGACAUUUUCUGUGGAUUAAGUGUGAGGUUCACUGUAUUUGAAAUACUACUAUCAGGGAACGUUUUUUAAUUAAUAUCAAAGAAGUUUCAUCGAAAAUAAAUCAUUUGUCAACACUACUGAUUGCUGGAUUCUGUGAAGAUGCUUGUUGUUCAUUCUAUUAAAAUUAAGCUGCUCCAGUUAAGAUUGAAGCUGACAUAAGCUUGUAGCUUUGUUGUUUAAGCAAAAAGGAAUUUGUGCCUUUCUGUCGUGAGAGAGUUAAUAUGAAUAGAGUUAGUCCUAAGUAAUUACCAAAAAUUCAUGUUUCUCAAUCUGAGACCAAAACAAAUUAUCCUCUGUUCUCUAAAAGUUUUUGUUUCAAUCUGGAAUACUCUUGAAAUAGUUUGCACAAGUCUCUACUAUAAUGUUAUUUGUUCAUCUAGAAGGUGAUUAUAAUAUUUGAUACUUAAAAUACUUUUUUGUUCCCUAUUUCUAUGCUUACAUUAUGAAUAACGUUAGUAAAUUUCAACAUUUUUACAUAUUAUAUGUAUUCAAUAAAAAUUGACUGAUAAGUAUGACAAAAAAAUUGUUACAGAUGGUUCACAAUUAAAUUCUGAUUUUGUACCAUGAGAAAAAUUCAAACUAAAGAUGAAAAACAAACCUUUUAAAAUACUGCAAUUUUUGUUUUUGUAAGAGUAUAGGAUGUGAUACUAUGUUACUCAGUGUUCAAGUUUUGUGUUUGACACAUGUGACAUAAACUGUUGCAUUUUUUGCUGUGUUAGAAAUUUAAAUGAAUUAAAACAUUGUGAAGUGGUAAAGUAAAUGUUACUGUUGAAACAGAAAAGUAUUGUUAGCAAAAGGAAAAUAUACUGCAUGUGUUGUUAGUACUAAAUGUAUUUAUUUUUGAGACAAUCAUCAAGGAAAAUAAUUAAAAAAAAUAUGUAUGUGUAUGGGAGUUUCAAGCAGAUUGGUAGAUAAAUUUGAAAUUGAUAAACUGACUAAGUUUGUUAGAUUAUCUCACCUUAAAAAAUACACCUUAGUAAGGAAAGAAAGUAACAAUAUAAAUGGGCAACAUGUAGAUUAAACAUUCCACAUUGUUCUUGCUCUCUCUCUUUUUUUCAUUUCAAAAAGUAGGUUUCAAUCUAUAUGGAAACAAAAUUGAAUCAUUUCAUUGAAUAUUUCUCUUGGUUGUGUUUUUAUGUACCAUGUUUCUGAUAUUGCAGAUCUGAGUUUUGCACUUUGUUGUGAUUAUUUUUUAAAUCUCAUAAACUAAGGCAGCAAUACAUUAAAUUGCUUCCAUUCAACUAUUUUUUUUACCAGAACAUGAUUUGAGGUUAUACAUAAUAGUUUUUUUUUUUAUAAGAUAAGAACAGUAACUCACAAGUCAUAUUUAACUUCAAGUUCUAAGUAUUUAGUAUUUAUCUUUGAGAAGCUUUAUCAAAAGAAAAAAUAUUAAUGGAAGGGGUUGUACUUGUGUGUUAAUGAAACAUAACCUUGUUCUGUUUAAAUUAACUGUUGUAAUAAGGCUACAUAUUUGACUGAUAUUUCUAUAAUUUGAUUCAAAUACUUUUUAUCAAAAGCAUAUUUAUGAUGUGAAGAUUUCUAUCUCAUCAAACUGUUUGUUUAUCAAAAUAUAUCAACUGGCUACAACUAAACCAUUAAUUAUCUUGGUAAGAUAUUUUAAUACCUAAAAUCUUGGAUCAUGCAGGUUUUCAAACUAAAAUUUAAUUACUCUGUGUGUAAUUUUUUUUAAACAGUUUUCUUUGCUGUGUUUCUGAGAAUACUCUUAUUAAGAUUUAUCAUUAAUCAUAUUAAUGGUCUAUUAGGAAAUAUAUUAACUAUUUGGAAAUGUUUGUUUGUCCAAAAUAAUUUUGCAUUCCAAUAUUUGAAAAUGUGUCAGUUGUCCAAUACUUAAAGGAUAUUUUGAUGAAAUUGAGUGGAUGUAAUGUGUAUUUAACAUUUUCCUUGGUGUUUGCUAGUGAGGAAAUGUCUGUUUUUCCCAAAUGUACUGUGUACAGCACUGGCUUUUAGAUGUUUGACUAAUAGUCAGAUUGACUACCAGGGGCGUAGUGAUGGUAAUAAAAAAGAAUGUGUAAGAGUG